GCUCCCGGCCACCGCAACGAAGGGUUGUCCCAAAAAGUGUUAUUCUUCAUUCAGUCCUUCUUUACCGUUUUAAUACGCGACAUUAACACAUCAUAGUGAAUCCAAUGUUUACAAGUUUUUAUAGUGCCUUGUGUUUUUGACGAAUUCUGAGGCUUCAAGACAGGCAUGCUGAGCUGCGCGCCGCCCGCCGGCAUGCCGCCCGCCCACGCGCCGCACGCGCAACCGUGGGCAGCACUGCUGCAACCGCCUUCUAUCGUGAAAUCUGAACCUAUGGAGGAGGGUAGUUUCUCGAAAGAACAGACGAGCGGUUUCUACUCUGACGGUUUCCACAGUGCGUCCCCUUCCUCUUCAAGUAAAGAUUCAAACGGGCACUCUCCUCGCAGUGUUGGCAGCGGCGGCGAAACUUUGCCGUUUUAUGAUAACAUGCCUCUGAAAGCGAAAGCCAAUCUCGGUAUGCAUUUAGAAUCCUAUCGUAACGGAGUUCCCUACAGCUUGCUUACGCCUCCCGGUUUCGAAACCCGAAAUGCUGAAGGACGCGAUGUUUCGCCGGGAUAUUCGUCUCGAUAUUCGCCAAGAAGUCUCGUGCCACCGACGCACGUGUCGACGCCUCUGAUGCGCCCCGAUGCCACGCCGCCAAAAUCUCCGCCCGAAACCCCAUCUUCGCCCGACAGAGAACAGGAGCAUAAAUCAUUCGAACGUUUCCAUGACUCCGGGUUUGACGGUGCGCCACAAGGUUUAAAGCAUGAUGGCGAAGAUGGCCGAGAGGGCUCAGGAUUAGAAGAAGAUUUUGAUGAAGAGCCUGGACUUCGAGUGCCCGCUGUAAAUUCUCACGGAAAAGUUAAGACAUUCAAAUGCAAGCAAUGUGAGUUUGUUGCUGUGACCAAACUCAGUUUCUGGGAACACAGUAAAGAGCAUAUCAAACCAGAAAAAAUGUUAUGUUGCAGAAAAUGUCCUUUUGUGACAGAAUAUAAGCAUCAUCUAGAAUACCACAUGAGAAACCACCUCGGUUCGAAGCCAUUCCAAUGCAGUCAAUGUUCAUACUCAUGUGUUAAUAAGUCCAUGCUCAACUCUCACCUGAAGUCACACUCGAAUGUGUACCAGUACAGAUGCGCUGACUGCAAUUAUGCUACCAAAUACUGUCAUUCUUUAAAACUACACUUGCGCAAGUAUCAACAUAACCCGGCUAUGGUUUUAAACAUGGAUGGUACACCAAAUCCAUUGCCAAUAAUUGAUGUGUACGGAACUCGUCGGGGACCUAAGCAAAAACCGAUGUCGAAAAUGUUUGAUCAACAACCUACUAUAAACAACAACAAUCAGCCUCCCUGUGCUCCUCAGUCACAUUCUUUAUUCGGAGCCGCUCAUUUCCCUGUCAACCUGCCUUAUUUACCUCCUCUUCUACCUCAUUCUUUCUUAUUUCCACCGAAUAACAACUAUGAAACAAGAACGUCGCCGAAAUCAGCAGGCAUCUCACCUACUGAAAAGCAGCCGCUGUCACCACUUCCUUCAAUCUUGCAUCAACGCCUGUCUUACGGAGAGUCGAAUAUGGAUACUCGAAUGACAAGCCCCCCUGCCAGGUCUCCGGAUGGUUUACCGCAAACACCCACAAUAGACCAACCCGCGUCCACAUGUCAAAGUAACGACGCACUCGAUCUCACAAAUGCAAAAACAACCGAAAGUGAAUCGCCGCCGCCAACUGAACAGCCGACGCCCGUAACUCCUACCACGGCUUUAAAAAACAGACGAAAAGGGCGCGCUUUCAAACUGCAACCUGCGGCACUGCGGCUGCAGCACGAGGACGAGCGCCGCGUCGCGCCUCCAUCUGACUCCGAAUCGGACGCCUCCAUCGACGCGGCGCCCGCGCCCACGCCCGCGUCUGCGACAGCCCGCGCGGCAGCCUACAGCUGCCACUACUGCGACAUCACCUUCGGGGACCUCACGAUGCACACUAUCCACAUGGGUUUCCAUGGCUACAACGAUCCCUUCAUGUGCAACAAAUGUGGCGAACGCAGCUCCGAUCGUGUGGCAUUUUUUAUACACUUAGGACGUGCUCAACACGCCUAAGAAAUAGAUUGUAUUGUCUCCUCCUAGUCCUCGAUUUCAUAUAACACUUGUAGCGAUGUAUUUCAAAUUAUAUAUAAAUUAUUCUUAGUGUUAUACUAAAGGUAUUAUGGGUUGUAAAUCAUUAGGAAAUUUGUAUAGAUAUAAAACCAAAGAUAAGUAUAUACGAACGGAUUUAAAAUAAGUCAUGUAGGUUUAAAAGUUAGUACGACUGUAAAAAACAGAACAGCUGUACCUAAUCCUUGUACAACUCUUGUCAUUAGCCUAAAAAUGUACCGUAAAGUCUUAAGUACUCAUAUUAAUGCGCAUGCAAAGAUAGCUAAGGUAGGUAUUAGGCAAAAUGCAAGUUGUGACAGUAAGUAUUAUAUAAGUACCUAAACGAUCAGAGCAUAGAGCUGUAAAGUUGCGUAAAACCCUGUGUUAAAAUAUUUAGUUUAGGUAGGGUAUAUUAUAGACUUUCAAGUAGUCUAGAGUGACCAAUUUGUAAACAAGACUGUAAUCUUGGUUAAGUACAAAACGAAAUAGCAUUAUUUUCAACGUGCACGAUUUAGGAAUUUACUUUAACUUACAUUUAGACGUGUAUAAAUGUACAUUCGCGGUAGAGUUACCUAUUAGACUUUGCGUUAUUUUAUUAGUGAUGCUCUGAAAUACAUGAGGGUUAAUUGUUUACCCAAGUACCUACCUAAUUUAAUAUUAAUAACUUAAAUUAAAGUUUCAUGUGUACGGAAAUUACUGUGACAAAUUAUUGUACCUAUUUAUAUUAACCUAAAAAGAGUUUAUUUAAUUUAUUUAUCCUCAUUAAGUUUAUCUCGUGUAAAAUGUAGUUAAAAUGACGGUAGCUGUAUGAUGUCCUGUUUUACAUUGUAUGACAGUGUUUUGCAUUAUAUUCAUUGUAUUACAUAUUUAGGACAGCUUUCGCUUUAGAAUCAUUAAUGACAUAAUGAUAUAAUUAUGGCGAUGAGAAGUGCAUACCUGCUCAUGAUGGAGCGACAGCGGGCGCGGAUGAUCCGCUUACAAUCCUAUAUAAUAAUACCUAUGCGAUUCAUGCAUUUUUUGUAUAUUUGACACGAAUUUAUUUGUUUUGUGUUGCAUGGGAACUUUUGUUUGUGUGCCGAAAAUAUGUAUUAAUAAAAUAAAAAUGUUU